AUGGAAAGAUUCCAGUCUUCCAUGCGCAAACGGCUGUACAGCUUGCCGCAAAACAUUGGGCAAAAACCCUUUGUGACUGACGAAGGAGACAACGGCGACAAGGACACUAAGAGGAAAAGUAUUCGGCUAAAACAUUUGUCCUCUCCGUCUCCUGCGAGCAGUUGCAAGAGCAUUGAGGAGGCCAGGAGCGAAGACUUGGAAAGGGACGUUACUGUGAGGACCAACUUGAACGGGGACUGUCGCUUUUUCAGGGGGAGCAUCUCUUCCAUCACCGGGCGGCAUCCUCCCGAGUCGGAUGUGGCGGAGCAGCGGCGCCUCAUCCCCGAGGCUGACGCCGGAGUCAACGAGAGUUUCCCCGAUGUGCACGGCCCCGGGGCCCAACAGCCGGCAACCGGUGGACUGAUUUGCGCAGCCGGGCAGCCGUCACUGUUUGACCAGUCAAGUUUCAUCAAGUUGGAGGGCACCGAGCAGAUCAUCCCCGAAGAUGACCGGCUGUACCAAGCCGGCUUCAUGCACCGGCAGUUUGGAGCGAUGCUCCAGCCGGGAGUCAACAAGUUCUCCGUGCGGAUGUUGGGGAGUGAGAGGGCCGUGGAGCAUGAGAGGGAGCGAGUAAAGUCUGCAGGCUUCUGGAUAAUCCACCCCUACAGUGAUUUUAGGUUCUACUGGGAUCUGACCAUGCUGCUGCUGAUGGUGGGAAACCUCAUCAUCAUCCCCGUGGGCAUCACCUUCUUCAAGGACGAGCACACGCCGCCCUGGAUCGUCUUCAACGUGGUGUCGGACACCUUCUUCCUCCUGGACCUGGUCCUCAACUUCCGCACAGGCAUCGUCAAGGAGGACAACACGGAGAUCAUCCUGGACCCGCAUCUGAUCAAGGUCAAGUACCUGAAGAGCUGGUUCGUGGUGGACUUCGUCUCCUCCAUACCCGUGGACUACAUCUUUCUUAUCGUAGAGACACGCAUCGACUCGGACUUUUACAAGACGGCCCGAGCCCUGAGGAUCGUCCGCUUCACAAAGAUCCUCAGCCUGCUGCGGCUGCUGCGCCUCUCCAGACUCAUCCGCUACAUCCACCAGUGGGAAGAGAUUUUCCACAUGACGUAUGACCUGGCCAGCGCCAUGGUGCGAAUCAUGAACCUGAUCGGUAUGAUGCUGCUGCUGUGUCACUGGGACGGCUGUCUGCAGUUCCUGGUUCCGAUGCUGCAAGACUUCCCUGCUGACUGCUGGGUCACCAGAAACAAGAUGGUGAACGACACUUGGGGUCAGCAGUACUCCUAUGCCCUGUUCAAGGCCAUGAGUCACAUGCUGUGCAUCGGCUACGGCCUGUACCCCCCCAUCGGCAUGGCUGACGUGUGGCUCACGAUCCUCAGCAUGAUCGUGGGCGCUACCUGCUUCGCCAUGUUUGUGGGGCAUGCGACUGCACUCAUUCAGUCUCUGGACUCCUCCAGGAGGCAGUACCAGGAAAAGUACAAACAAGUGGAGCAGUACAUGUCCUUCCACAAGCUCCCCGCCGACAUGCGCCAGAGGAUCCACGACUACUACGAGCACCGUUAUCAGGGCAAGAUGUUUGACGAGGAGAGCAUUUUGGAGGAGCUCAACGAACCGCUGCGAGAGGAGAUCAUUAACUUUAACUGUCGCAAACUGGUGGCCUCCAUGCCCCUGUUCGCCAAUGCCGAUCCCAACUUUGUCACGUCCAUGCUGACCAAACUGCACUUUGAGGUCUUCCAGCCGGGCGACUACAUCAUCAGAGAAGGAACCAUCGGCAAGAAGAUGUAUUUCAUCCAGCACGGCGUCGUCAGUGUCCUGACUAAGAGCAGCAAAGACACCAAGCUGUCCGACGGCUCUUAUUUUGGAGAGAUCUGCCUGCUGACCCGGGGCAGGAGGACGGCCAGCGUGCGAGCUGAUAACUACUGUCGACUUUACUCUCUGUCAGUGGACAACUUCAACGAGGUGCUGGAGGAGUAUCCCAUGAUGAGGAGGGCGUUCGAGACUGUGGCCCUCGACCGCCUGGACCGCAUCGGGAAGAGGAACUCUGUCCUUCAGCAUAAAGUCCAGCACCACCAAAGUUCUGGCACACUAAAUCUUCAUGAGAGUGAGAUCAUCCAAAGAAUAGUGCAACAUGACCGUGACAUGGCCCAGUGCACGCAGUUGAUCCAGACCAGCACUGCACCGAAUAUAAACCCUCCUGCUGCUCCUCCAUCGCCCACCCCAGUCAUCUGGGCCCCGCUGGUUCAGGCUCCGCUCCAGGCGGCUGCUGCCACCACCCCGCUGGCUCUGGCCUUGGCCCACCACUCUCAGCUGCCUCCCAUCCUCUUCCACCACCCUCUGGCACCGCAAAGCUCUGGCUCUGGGAAGGACCCCGCCAGCCAUCCAAAGAGAGUACAUGUUGGAGCAACGGCCUCCAGUAGCUGUGGGUCAGGGCCCGUUUCUCCUGCCAUCUCUGCCAAGCUCCUAUCUGGGGUUGAGAUUCCCACGCUGACAUUCCCCAAGCAUCUCUCCACUGGGCCCGUGUCCCCCACGCUGUCCUCCCAGCCCAUCUUCACCAGCAGCCUGCAGCCCCUGGCCCCUCUGCCCACUCAUCAGCCUCUGCCUCAUCCUCCCCACUCCGGCAUCGCCUCGAUUUUCCCCAUCAGCCAGGCCACCGUCUCCUACACCUGCUCCGCUCAGCUCCACUCUCAGCCCUUCCACGGUGCUAUGACCACCCCACCACUCCCACUAGGUUUACUCCAACAGGGGGCGCCAGGGAGGCUAGCUGGGAGAUUCCCAGCCCCCUCGGCCUCCGCCAUAAGCCCUCUGAUCUCCAGCUCAGUCAGCCCAAUACUAAGCCAGCUGCAGCAGACCUCUCACGCCACCGUGCAGCAGAUGGGGUCCGGUCAUGAAAGAGUAGGCAGGACAUCCAGCGGUCUGAGCCUGCCACAUUUCCCCUUCAUCAGCAACACUCAGUCCUCCACUGGGUUUAUUCAGCCAGUGUCUGCAGUCGGAGCCGGGGCUGCAGCCUCUCUGGCCCAGCACAGCCUGGCUGGACUCCAUUCUGUUUUCCUCCCCCAGGUUCUCCCCGAGCACUCAGCCCUCGCCUCCCUGGCCCAGUACGGGUCUGCAGAGGCCUCGCCUUGCUACACGCCUCCCGUCCACAGUCCCAGUAUACAGAGCCCUGCAAGGGGAAGGACAGUUUACCACAGCGAGCUCCCCAGCACCAAGAGCUCUCACAGCCCUCUCACUCCUCAGACCUCAUGCCCUGCCAGGGUGGCUUGUACCCUCAAAGAGAGGGCCGAGUCCUCGGUGGAGCUCUUUACCCAGGAAAUAAAGACUAUCUCAGGCUCUCACAGCUCUAUACACCAGGAAAGGCCUUUGGCCAUAAGCGGCUCCUGUGAGGGGGGAGCAGGGGCACCGAGCCCGUUCUCCUCCCCCAUGGCUGUCAAUAAACCCUACACCCCGAUCCCCGGUCAAGCCACUCCUGUCACUCGGACACAUUCAGGGCCUGAACCUCAUAACCAGCCCGUUGGUGUUCACUCUCCUCUCACUAGAUCCCCUAAAAUGUUAGAGAACGAACACAAACAGUCCAAACUUCCCUCCAACUUGUGA